AUGGCGCCUUUCGGGACGUCGGUUCCGCGCUUCUACUCAGGUGACUUCCCUUUGCCUCCGUCGCCCCUGAGCUUCUUCGGGCCAAGGAUAGCGACCGGCGCGACUUCCGUCGCUGCCAGCCACAAUGCGUCUGUGGCGGACACGCCGGAUGCCUGCGCGACGCCGGCGCAGGAGAUGCAGGAGGUGUUGGAGGAGCCAGAGGAGCAGGAAUCAGGCUCAAGCAGCGAGGCCUCCCCACCAAAUCCGAUGAGUCAGAGCCCCUGCUCCUCGCAAGGUGCGGAGUCUUCUCCCCGCGUGCGUAUUUCGAGGAGAUCUGGUGUUCGGCAGCGAGCGGAUGCCGGGAGGGCCCUUGCACCAUCAACGGAGAAGGCACCUCCCCGGGCCGAGUCGCCUGUGGUUCGAGCCACCCGCAGCGAGCGGUCGGCCACGAAAUCUCGGAAGGUUGUCUGGAGAUGA